AUGUUUUGCAACCAGUAUGACAAUGAUGUCAUUGUUUGGAGCCCUCAGGGCAGGAUUCAUCAAAUUGAGUACGCAAUGGAAGCUGUCAAGCAAGGUUCAGCCACAGCUGGUCUGAAAUCAGAAACCCAUGCAGUGUUGGUUGCAUUGAAGAGAGCACACUCAGAGCUUGCAGCUCAUCAGAAAAAAAUUAUCCAUGUUGACAACCAUAUUGGUAUCUCAAUUGCGGGACUUACUGCUGAUGUUAGACUGUUAUGUAAUUUUAUGCACCAAGAGUGUUUGAAUUCCAGAUUUGUAUUUGACAGACCUAUUCCUGUGUCUCAUCUUGUAUCUCUAAUUGGAAGCAAGAUCCAGAUACCAACACAACGAUAUGGCCGGAGACCAUAUGGUGUUGGGCUGCUUAUUGCUAGUUAUGAUGAUAUCGGCCCUCACAUUUUCAAAACCUGUCCAUCUGCCAACUAUUUUGACUGUAGAGCCAUGUCCAUUGGAGCCUGUUCUCAAUCAGCUCGUACUUACUUGGAGAGACAUAUGUCUGGGUUUAUGGAGUGCAGUUUGAAUGAACUGGUUAAACAUGGUCUGCGUGCCUUACCAGAGAUACUUCCUGCAGAACAGGACCUAACUACACAGAAUGUUUCCAUUGGAAUUGUUGGUAAAGACUUGGAGUUUACGAUUUAUGAUGAUGAUGAUGUAUCUCCAUUCCUGGAAGGUCUUGAAGAAAGACUGCAGAGAAAGGCACAGCCUGCUCAACCUGCUGAUGAACCUGCAGAAAAGGCUGAUGAACCGAUGGAACAUUAA